AUGCUGAGCUCAGUCUGUGUCUCCUCCUUCCGCGGGCGCACGGCGGCCAAACAGCCGCAGCAGCCGCCGGCGCAGCCUCCUUCCGCUCCUCCUCCUCCUCCUCCUCCGCCUCCGCCUCCUCCCGGCCCCGGCCCCUGUCCCUGUCCCGGUCCGGGUCCCUGCCCCGGGCCCGUUCCCUCCCCACCCGACGCCAGUCCCGGGCCCGGGUCCGCCUCGGCCCCGGGCCCCGGCCCGGCUCCUCCUGGGCCGCCCGCGGGGGGCGCGCCAUGCCCCGGGGGCCCGGCCAUGGGGCGACACGGCGGCGGCGACAGCGACAAGAUCGUGAUCAACGUGGGCGGCGUGCGCCAUGAGACGUACCGCUCGACGCUGCGCACCCUCCCCGGGACGCGGCUGGCCGGGCUCACGGAGCCGGGGGCGGCAGUCAACUUCGACUACGACCCGCGCAGCGACGAGUUCUUCUUCGACCGGCACCCGGGCGUCUUCGCCUACGUGCUCAACUACUACCGGACCGGCAAGCUGCACUGCCCGGCCGACGUGUGCGGACCCUUGUUCGAGGAGGAGCUCGCUUUCUGGGGCAUCGACGAGACCGACGUGGAGGCUUGCUGCUGGAUGACCUAUCGGCAGCACCGUGACGCCGAGGAGGCGCUGGACUCCUUCGAGACCCCGGAGCCGGCCGCGGCCGCCGCCGGAGGCCCUGGGGGGCCUGGGGCCGCUGCCGGAGGGCUAGGGGACGACGAGGCGGGCGGCCUGGACGCUGCCGGGGCCGGAGGGGAGCUCAAGAGACUCUGCUUCCAGGAUGCGGCCGGGGGAGCCGCGGCCGGGCCCGGGGGCGCCGCGGGGGCGACGUGGUGGCGCCGCUGGCAACCCAAAGUGUGGGCGCUCUUCGAAGACCCCUACUCGUCCCGGGCGGCCAGGUAUGUUGCCUUUGCCUCCCUCUUCUUCAUUCUCAUCUCCAUCACCACCUUCUGCCUGGAGACCCACGAGGGCUUCAUUCACAUCCACAACAAGACGGUGACCCAGGCAUCCUCAGUGCCAGGCGAGCCCCCAGAGAAUGUGACCAACGUGGAAGUGGAGACCGAGCCCUUCCUGACCUACGUGGAGGGCGUAUGUGUGGUGUGGUUCACCUUUGAGUUCCUCAUGCGCGUCACCUUCUGCCCGGACAAGGUCGAGUUCCUGAAGAGUAGCCUGAACAUCAUUGAUUGUGUGGCCAUCCUCCCCUUCUACCUGGAGGUGGGCUUGUCAGGGCUGAGCUCCAAGGCCGCCAAGGACGUGCUGGGCUUCCUGCGGGUGGUCCGCUUUGUGCGGAUCCUCCGAAUUUUCAAGCUGACUCGACACUUUGUGGGGCUUCGGGUGCUGGGACACACACUUCGAGCCAGUACCAAUGAAUUCCUCCUGCUCAUCAUCUUCCUGGCUUUGGGAGUGCUCAUCUUUGCCACCAUGAUCUACUAUGCGGAGCGAAUUGGGGCUGACCCUGAUGACAUCCUGGGCUCCAACCACACUUACUUCAAGAACAUCCCCAUUGGCUUCUGGUGGGCCGUGGUUACCAUGACAACCCUGGGGUACGGAGACAUGUACCCCAAGACUUGGUCAGGGAUGCUGGUGGGGGCGCUGUGUGCCCUGGCAGGUGUCCUUACCAUCGCCAUGCCUGUUCCUGUCAUCGUCAACAAUUUCGGCAUGUAUUACUCGCUGGCUAUGGCCAAACAGAAGCUGCCGAAGAAAAAAAAUAAGCAUAUUCCCCGCCCCCCUCAGCCGGGCUCACCCAAUUACUGCAAGCCUGAGCCCCCUCCCCCUCCACCCCCAGCCCCCGGGCUCCCCCACCAUCACAGUGGCCUCAGCCCUCCCCCACCUGGAUCGUACCCAACGGGGCUGCCUGGGCCCCAUGGCCAUGUACACCCAGGGCUCUUGAGGGGUGGGGCGGGGGGGCUUUCGGGAAUGGGCCUGCCCCCUCUGCCUGCCCCUGGAGAGCCUUGUCCACUGGCUCAGGAGGAGGUGAUUGACAUCAACAGGGCAGACCCUCGCCCCAAUGGGGACCCGGCAGCUGCUGCCCUAGCUCAUGAGGACUGCCCUGCAAUUGACCAGGCAGCCCUGUCCCCGGAAGACAAGAGUCCCAUCACCCCUGGGAGCCGUGGCCGCUACGGACGAGACCGGGCGUGCUUCUUGCUCGCUGAUUACACAGCUUCCCCAGAUGGCUCCAUCCGAAAAGGUUAUGAGAAGUCCCGCAGCCUGAGCAGCAUCGCGGGGCUCAGUGGGGUGUCCCUGCGUCUUGCCCCGCUUGCCACUCCCCCUGGCUCCCCAAGGGCUGCCCGCCGUGCCCCUCCUGCCCUGCCCUCCAUUCUCUAG